AUGACACUCGACGUAAUGAACCGCGCCGUAACGGAUUCCUGCGCUCUCAAUUUCCAGACAUCGGAUGCCUCCCCCACGAAAGCGAUUGCGGUGGGCCCGAGUUGGCCAGGCUUGGACUACAGCGCGCAGAUCUACCAAGACAACUGGGGAAACUUCGUGUCCCUAUGGGCCAAUUUCCGCGUCGAUCGUGCUUCGAACCGAGAGCCGUAUCUCCUCUACUACCAACCGUGCAUCUCUCUGCUUGAGCGAGCCGAAAUUGGCAACGGCACAGAGUCGCAUGGGGGCAUGAAGGACUGCACGAAUACCACCGGGAAUGGACUUUUACGUAUGGAGGAUGGGGAACUACGGAUUUUGGAACUGUCUUUGCGGAGCCUAUCUGUCCAUCUGGCCUUCAUUGUCUACCGGACGGGCAGAGACCUGGAGGUUGCUGAUUUUUCGCACUGGAAGGAAAAAGGGGGAAAAGAACAUGGAAAAAAAUAG